CUUUUGAGAAUAAACCAAAGCUCUGAAAUAUAGUAUCUCAUGUCCAAUAUACAUGUGUGUGUGUGUGUGAGAGAGAGAGAGAGAGAGUACCAAUAGAGAACUAAACCUAUCUUAAUGUAGACUUUAUAGCUUAGAGUUUUCUUCACCUUAACAAUAAUGAGUGAUGAUUCAAAAAAUCUUUAAAAUAAUACUCUCUCUCAUUAGUAAUGUCUCAAUUACUAUAUUCGAACGUUUUAUUAAUAAUGUCUUAUACUGUUUUUAGCUAAAAAAAUUAACCAAUUAAAAUAUUACUAUUAAUGAUGGAUCCAAUUUACUUUAUACACCAAAUUAUUUGAAAUAAUUUUUAAAUAUCUUUCAUCAAAUCACUUUAUACACUAUUUAUUCAACCGUAAUCUAAAAAUAUUUAGUCUUUUAUUUAUCGACGACAAUUAAAAAAUUUGAGAACCAAAUUCAUCUUUCAAUGCAAAUGGCUCCUAUGAAAUAUAAAGUAAAAAAGUAAAAUUUUUAAUUAAUAUUUUAAAUAGAGGAUUAUAAAGACUGCUGAAGUAGAAAUUUUAUUGAAAAAAAGAAAAUCGGAAACCUUUGAAAGCACAAGCGCAAACAAGGGCAGAGCCUCAAAAAAGAGGACACAAACAAAAACAGCGAAAAAACAACAAAGAGCAGAACGGGGAAGUUAAACUUCAAAGACUCCAGCCGAACCAUCGCCUCUAGGCUAACCGGCCCCAAACCCCGAAACAGAGAGCCCAAAAACAAAAAACCAAGGGGAUUAUAAAGACUAAAAUAUGGGGAAUGAAUAGAAAUAGGCCCAUCAAAUAAAAGAGCAGUAGUAAUUUUAUUGGGCUAAGGCCCAGCAAGAUAGUAAAUUGAUAUGUAUGAAAGCCCAAAUACACCGAAUCUCGUGACUUCAACGCUGCUCGUAUAGUCCCUCUCUCUCUCUCUCUCUGUCGCUUUUAUAACUGGGAUUGGGAUUGGGAAGAGUAGAGCGCACGCCUAUUGUUGGUAACAAGGGGAUAGAACAAACACAAGAGGAAAAUUCAUCAGCCGUCGGAUCUAGGGUUUUUGCUCCGCCGCUAUGCCGAAGAACAAGGGUAAGGGAGGGAAGAAUCGGAAGAGAGGUAAGAACGAAGCCGACGACGAGAAGAGAGAAUUGGUCUUUAAGGAAGACGGACAGGAAUACGCGCAGGUCAUGCGCAUGCUCGGGAACGGCCGCUGCGAGGCCACCUGCAUCGAUGGCGUCAAACGCCUCUGUCACAUCCGUGGGAAGAUGCACAAGAAGGUUUGGAUCGCCGCCGGCGAUAUUAUCCUCGUCGGUCUCCGCGAUUAUCAGGAUGAUAAGGCCGAUGUGAUCCUCAAGUACAUGCCAGAUGAAGCCAGGUUGUUGAAGGCCUAUGGUGAACUGCCCGAGAACACGAGGCUCAACGAGGGUAUUGCUGGCGGGCUUGAUGAAGAGGACGAUGGCCCUGGUGAUGAUUACAUUGAAUUUGAGGACGAAGACAUCGACAAACUCUAAAGAGCUUGUAACUCCCAUCUUAUAUUUCUUCUUUUUUUCUAAAGUAGCCUUUUGGAUAUUGCAAUACAAGUUAGAGGAUUGUUGUCUAUUAUGUGAUUUGAUGAGGAUUUGUGUGGAUUUCUCUGUACGGUUAUUUUGGUUGAUGCAAUAAUAGUGAGCUGCAUUCAUACAA